CUUAAUGCUGCGGUGCUGGAGAAACGCAGCUUCAUGGGUCUUGACACGUCAGGACACUUGGAGCGCUCACCCGUACAGCCCCUACAGGACGCUCCCAUGAGGCCCCAACCCCUCAUCAGUCCGCCUGCCGCUUCACCCAAUCCCCAGAGCGCAAUCCCUGUUGCAUAUUAUGAAUAGCCAACCCGAAGUCUCAAAUCAGUAUCUCGUGCAACCGUGUCUUGAACCGCUCUGAACCGCUGAGGAAUUCACUCACCCAGCUCCCAACGACGUGUCAGCAAAUGCAUCACUUACAACAAGGCUCACAAGAAUGUUGAAGUGCUACAGAGGCUGCAACGGUGCGCGAAUGAAGUUUUAAUGGCCUAACAUUUUUCCUGUUUCUUUCCAGUCCUUUCCUCUGCCGAUUCCUCGCCGAGGGCCAAGAUAUUUAGCAAAUGCGGCGAGGUCCGGGUAUUGCUGGGCUGCAACAUGCGGUCCGAACCAAAGAACAAUACAAGGUGGCGGGCGAGGAGGUGAAGAAGAACUCCCUGCAGGCCAUGCACGAGCAGUUGUCCGCCUUCCGCUCCAAUCUGGAGGAGUUCGCGCGCAAGUACCGGGCAGACGUGCGGCGGGACCCGGUGUUCCGAGCCCAGUUCCACACCAUGUGCGCCAACAUCGGGGUGGACCCGCUGGCCAGCAACAAGAGCUUGUGGGCCUCGGCUCUGGGAUUUGGCGACUACUACUAUGAACUGGGGGUACAGGUGGUUGAGGCCUGCCUGGCCAGCCGCUCGCUCAACGGCGGCAUGAUGGAGCUGCCGGCGCUGCUGAGGGCAGUCAGCAGGCGGCGGGGCGGCGCGGCGGAGCCGGUCAGCGAGGACGACGUGGUCCGCGCCAUUAAGAAGCUGCGAGUGCUGGGCGGCGGAUUCGAUCUGGUGACCAUCGGCGGCCGGGCCUACGUGCGCUCGGUGCCGGGCGAGCUCAACCUGGACAAGAACAGAGCGCUGGAGGCGGCACAGGCUCGCGGCUACACGUCUGUGGCGGAUCUGGCCGCGGCGGCGGGCUGGAGUGCGGGCCGGGCAGACGACACGCUGCAGGCCCUCACACGCGAGGGCUUGGCCUGGGUGGAUGACGGCGCCCCGGACGGGGUGCGGCUGUACUGGUUCCCAUGCCUCAGCGGCGCGGGCGGCAGCGCGGCGGAGGAGCAGGCGGCGGCGGCGGCUGGGGCGGCGGAGUCCGGCCCGGCACCGGGGUGAUGGAGGAGCGAUGGCGGAGCGAUACCGGAGCGAUGGUGGCGUGGGUCGGGUUUGUGGGGAAGGGCUAAACGAGCAUGUGGCAGGGGGAAGGCAGGUGUAGCAGGCACGGCGUUGAGGUUGGAGAGCGCGGCCUGAGUGCAUUCACAGCGAAACUGCACCUGAAGAAGGCCGCUUAGAUGCAAUGCUUCAUACGCAUUAGACAAGAAUCUAGCUGAAGAAAGGUGGCGCUCCGCUCACGGCUCAGUGUAGGUGCAGACUCUUUGCGUGUAGUUAUUAUACGGUACUUACACUUGAAUACUCUGUGUCUCUGCAUAUUACACAGCUCACUGAAGCUAUGUUUGAAAUUCGGCUAUGAAGUGCGGUCGUGCGUUGGCAGAUGCCGGGCAGAGUGCAUGUGUGUGUAUGUGUGGGAAGGGUCAGGCUUUUUCCAUGUCUGACCACGGGAGGCUACGGCAACAUAGGCGUGUGCUGGCCAGUUCCCGUACCUUUAUGUGCUGAUGAGACAGCAAACACAGGUUCAUUGCGCUUGCUAAGGUUACGGGGGCUCUUGCCUAACGUGGGCGUGGCCCACUUUCGAGUUUCGACGCCGGUGGGGCGGGGAAGCCGGUUGGCCGCGAUGAUGAAGGUGGCGGGCGACCUCGGUCUGACUUUAACAUAUUCUGAACUU